UUGAAUUUGAGAUUUUGCAUAGUAAUUUUGUUCUUUGUUUCUUGGACAAUCAUUGUCAAUAGGUAAAAUUUUAUUUUCCGUUUUGUAUUGAUAUUUCACAGAUUGUAGCAGAAAUGAAAGCUGCUGUUAUGAAUAUUAUAUUCGCGACAAUAAUAAUCGCGUUUUUUGGAAAAACGGCUUCUGCAGAUAUACACUUUCUCUCCGAUGAAUUUAUUGAAUUGGUGCGCAAUAAAGCAAAAACUUGGACGCCGGGGAGAAAUUUCCACGAAUCUGUUGGUGAAAAAUAUGUACGUGGAUUAAUGGGAGUGCACCCGGAUUCCCAUAAAUUCGCCUUACCUCAAUUAUUGAAGGAUUCUGGGGAAAGCUCAAUUGAGUUGCCUGAACAAUUUGAUUCUCGGGAGCAAUGGUCUCACUGUCCAACUAUAUCGGAAAUUCGAGAUCAGGGUUCUUGCGGAUCUUGUUGGGCCUUUGGAGCAGUAGAAGCAAUGUCCGAUAGGUUUUGCAUUCAUUCAAAUGGGACCCAAAAUUUCCACUUCUCUGCUGAUGAUUUAGUAUCAUGCUGCCAUACAUGUGGAUUUGGCUGUAACGGAGGAUUCCCUGGGGCAGCAUGGAGCUAUUGGACACGAAAGGGAAUCGUUAGUGGUGGCCCUUAUGGCUCUAAACAGGGUUGCCGCCCAUAUGAGAUUGCUCCAUGUGAACAUCAUGUGAACGGUUCACGCCCGGCCUGCGAUGGUGAACAUGGAAAAACACCUCGUUGUCAACAUAAAUGUGAAGAUAGUUACAAAGUGGAUUACGCCAAAGAUAAGCAUUACGGAUCUAAGGCUUACUCUAUUGGUCGUAAUCAACAAGAUAUUCAAGAAGAAAUUUUCAAAAAUGGACCAGUGGAAGGGGCAUUCACUGUUUACGAAGAUCUAAUAUUAUACAAAGAAGGUGUAUAUCAACACGUAGUAGGAAAAGCGCUUGGAGGGCAUGCCAUUCGUAUUUUGGGCUGGGGUGUAGAAAAAAACACUCCUUAUUGGUUAAUAGCUAAUUCAUGGAAUACCGAUUGGGGAAAUAAUGGAUAUUUCAAAAUACUACGUGGGGAAGAUCAUUGUGGGAUCGAAAGCUCCAUUUCAGCUGGUCUACCUAAGCUUGAAUAAAAUCUUAUCAUAUUAGAACAUAUUAGUAUCAUGAUACAUAGCCAAUUGGGAUGUAUCGUUAUGGAUUUAAAUUACUGAAUAUAGAAUAGAGUAAUUGUCUUUUUACGAAAAUAAAGUACCAUGAUUGUUAAGGUAUUUUUAUAAUUGGUUAACACGAUAUACAUAAUUUGGGGUGUAAAAAAAUAAAAUGCAAUUGUAAUUAAGAAAA